CCACCUGUUACCAAUUUGGGGAAAAGUUAUCUUCACACAGUCAUACUUCCAUUCCAUCAAUCAGCAACAAACACAAUCAAGUACUGUUAGGGUUUAUAUGGCGGAGCACACCGACGAAAUCGAGCCACGAGGAGGAGGCGAUUCCUUCAUGGAUAAGGUUACGGAGAAGAUUCACCGCGACGAUUCUUCGGCGUCGGAUUCUGAAUCGGAGAAGAAGAAGCACGAUGAUGACUUGAAGAAGAAGCAUCAUGAUGCUCCUUCUCCGUCUUCUAUGAAGUCCAAGAUCUACCGCUUGUUUGGCCGAGAGAAACCUGUUCACAAGGUUUUUGGUGGUGGAAAAUCUGCUGAUGUGUUCUUGUGGAGGAACAAGAAGAUAUCAGCCAGUGUACUGGGUGGAGCAACUGCGGUGUGGGUGUUUUUUGAACUGCUUGAGUACCAUCUGCUUACUUUGGUUUGCCACAUUUUGAUACUUGCGUUUGCAGUUCUCUUCCUAUGGUCCAAUGCUUCUAAGUUCAUUAACAAGUCCCCUCCACGCAUCCCUGAAGUUCGAAUUCCUGAAGACAAAUAUCUUCAAAUUGCUGCUGCAUUAAGGAAUGAAAUUAAUCGGGCUCUUGACUCACUACGGAACAUUGCAUCUGGAAGGGAUUUAAAGAAGUUUCUUGUUGUGGUUCUUGGACUGUGGGUUCUGUCCAUAGUGGGGAGUUGGUGCAAUUUCUUGACAUUGUUCUACAUAAGCUUUGUGCUUCUACACACAAUUCCCGUUCUGUAUGAGAAGUACGAGAACCAAAUUGAUGCAUUUGCAGAGAAAGCGAUGAUUGAGAUCAAGAAACAAUACGCAGUGUUCGAUGCCAAGGUUGUGAGUAAAAUACCGCGUGGACUGAAAGAAAAGAAGGGGUAGAACUCUGGUUCUGGCUUGGCUUUGUUUGGUUAGGUUAACAUCAAGUACGAGCGUCGGUGAGUAGUUGUAUUUGUGUUGUGUAGCUUUCAAGUUGUGUGAUUCUGAUGUACCAGCUUAUCAACUCAUGUUUGGUUUUAUCGAAUGUGACUUUUUCAGUAUGUUUUUACCAA